CCGUCGCUGUCGUUCUCCACUUUGUGUUGAGCUUCACACAGUCGACCUCAGCCUCCAGACCAGUGUGGUGAAGGAGAUCCCAGAGCAUCCAGGAGAAAACAUGGACUUCAACGGAACAUGGCAGGUUUACUCCCAGGAGAACUACGAGGAGUUCCUCAGGACCAUGGAGCUUCCAGAAGACGUCAUCAAGAUGGCCAAGGACAUCAAACCAGUGACGGAGAUCAAGCAGAACGGCAACGACUUUGUGAUCACCUCCAAGACGCCUGGGAAGACUGUGACCAACGCCUUUACCAUCGGCAAGGAGGCCGAAAUCACCACCAUGGACGGCAAGAAGCUCAAGUGCACUGUCAACAUGGAGAAUGGCAAAAUGGUCUGUAAUACCGGAAAGUUCUCCCACAUCCAGGAGCUGAAGGGAGGAGAAAUGAUCGAGACACUGACCAUGGGCUCGACAUCUCUGAUCAGGAGGAGCAGGAAGAUGUAAACUCGGCCGUGAAGAAGCCGAAGUCUAUUUAAAUAAAAGAUUUUCCCUAAAAAGAAA